UUGAGCUCUUGUUAUCAGCUGCUGCAGUUUAAAGACAGAGGCAGGUUAUUCUCUCUAUCUUUGUAUCCUCAGCUCAAGCCCUUCCCUUGUGUUUCAUGAUGGCCGAACCUUUGCUGAAAGAUCAGGAUGAUGAGAAUUUCGAAUCAGCUGGUUUCUUCAUUGAAAGAUCCACCGAUUUAUCAAAAUUAUCAGAUAAAAAUAAAGGUGCCAUGUCAACAUUGAAACAGGUUCUAGCUAGCGAAGGAACCCAUUCGGACAUUUACCUCCUAAUGGUGGGCAAAACGGGACAGGGAAAGUCAACCCUGAUCAACAGCUUGAUUGAAUUAGGAGAAGAUAUUGCUCAAGAAGGAGCAGAGACUGACAUGUGUACAAGAUCAACCCACUCUUAUGUCCACCCGGAGCUGUUACCAGAUGUCAAGGUGAGGAUCGUCGAUUCGCCUGGUCUACAAGAUAUCCAUGUUAACGAGCAGCUGUACAUAGAAGACAUGAAGGUUCAGUGUCAGGAAGUUAGUUUAGUUCUGUACUGCAUGAAGAUGACCAACCAUAGGCUGGCUUAUGAUGACACAUUGGCUCUGCACAGGCUCCAUCAAGCGUUUGGUCCUACCUUUUGGAAGAGAGUUGUAUUCGUCCUCACUUUUGCUAACAAUGAGAGAUGCGAACAGAAGGACAGUCGUGAUGAAGACGGUCCAGAGCCUCCGUUUACCGACCAGGAUGCAUGGGCAGAGUUAAUAAGGAAGAGGUUUAUUCACAGGGUGCAGCUGAGAUCUGAUGACAUCAACGCUUUUUUGAAACGGAAUUGUGAAACGGAUGAAUAUGCUCAUUUCGUACCAGCUGGCCAUUAUAAGCCAAAUUUUUAUAAUCCCAACCCGUUGAAGUUACCUGAUAGAGACAACUGGCUGCAUAAUUUGAUGAAAUCCGUUCACUCGCAAAUCAAAAAACACAACUUUAGCAGGCUGAACUUGAACGACAAGAUUCAUUUGGCCUUCAUUGUUGAUAAUCAUGGUGAAGUUAAAGUUGAAGAGGACGGGGCUAAAACAAUCAACGAUGAUGCUAAAGAGUUCAUAAAAACCCUUGAAAACCUUGGGUUUUGUACCCUCUACUUUAACACACUCAGCUCCCAAUCUGUCAGUACUUUACUUGAGAUGCUUCUCCACAUCAAUGCCUCUCAACUGGCCACAUUCGCUUUCGUUCUCCUUUCUAAAGGGAAGACUAGGCAGCUUUAUGAUUGCAACAAUGAAAUAAUAUACACUGACAAUAUUUUUGAGUACUUCCGUGACGAUCAGUCCCACCUUGCUUUAGUACCAAAGAUAUUUUACUUCAGUUUAGCUCACAUCAAAGAGCCGAGCGAGAGACUUCAGUUUUCGUCAGUUCUUCCUAAAAACUCUAUCGCACUCAUAACGUCAGUUGAUCAGAACAGCAGUAGCGUAGUCCUCAAGACUGUUAGCAGUAAACUCACUCAUGAGGCCAGCAUACAGCAGUGCUGCUCUGAGAUCCACAAGGAUUGCAACAGGAAACAUGACAAGGUUUUUUGUGUAUACAUCGAUAAUUUUACCGAAAAGUUUGUCCUGCCCGCACGCUAUGUACCUUUCCACUCAAGAGCAGAGAAAGAGUACUACAAGAAGCAGCUGGAGUUAUACCGCUCAAUGUGGUACCCCAUUCGCUGUAAGACCAUCAGCGUCCUCUCAGAUAACAAAGAAGCAGUACUCUCCAUCGUCCGCCAUGAGAGGAUAGCUAGGAUAGCAGCUUCCUCCGCUAGUAUAGUCCUCGGGGGCGGUAUGGUAGUCGCUGGUCUUGCUCUCCUCCCGUUCACAUUUGGUGUGUCAAUAGGUCUAUCGGUCGCUGGGGGUGUGGUCGGAGCUACUGCCUCACUAGGAGGGAUUGGAGCUUUUAUUGCUUCAAAAAUUCUAUCAAAUAAGAGACUCAAGUUGGCCCAGGAGCACAUCAGCCUUGAUCAGCAGCUGAGCAUUAGUAUCAAUAACGUUGCCGCUAAGUAUAAUGAAGCCAUGAAGAAAUGUGUUGAGUCGGCUCUUGAUGGAGGCGAAUUGGCGGGAAAUGUAGCAGCUGGUGGAGCCGGUCUUGCUAGUCUGGGGCGGGUUGGUAUGGGUAUCGCUAUUGGAAUAGAAUCAGCUGCUGAGGUAGGAGCUAUUGCUUUACGUACUGGAGCCCGUACACUAGGCGUGGUCCUGGCUGGGGCCUCAUUAGCAGUGACUGUUCCCAUUGAUCUAGGGUUUAUUGUGUAUCAUAGUUAUCACAUACACAAGUCUUCAAAAGACAAGACUGGGAAAGCUGACAGCAAUAAGGUAGUUCAAUGGCUCAUUAAACAAACUGAAGACAUGCUUAAAGACACCUGUGGUACUAUUGAGCUGAAGCAGCACUCAAUAGAAGGAGGGAUGACGUCCACACUUGAAAACACAGACUGCGGCUAUAAGAUGAUUAUACCAGUUGCCACUGAAGAGGAAUCCUCCAUUAAUGUCCGCACUAUAUUCUCAGGUCCCUUUGUCCUACCUGAUGGCUACACUAUUGUCAGUGCUAUAUACGAUAUUUCGCUACCCGAACAGCUGUCUAAACCUGUCACUGUCAAGCUGGAGCAUUGUGUUGAUCUUAAUGAUGAGAUUACGGCCAGUAAGAUGUGCUUUGCCACUGCAGCCAUUGAUUUGGAGAAGAAGGUUUUUGUUUUUGAUUGCGUUGAAAAAGGGAGUUUCCCCAGAGGAGAGACGUAUGCUUCGCUGGAUAUCAACGACAGCUGUCUCUUGUGUGUCUUGUAUAGUGGAUCAACGAGGGAUACAUCUAUGAAGUAUGCUGGUCAGUGCUCUUAUGUCCGAGACUAUAAAAACUCCUGGACUAUGAGUAUACUCUUCACAAAGCAUUUAAGUGCACACUAUAAGUAUACACAGUCUGAGACAGUUGGCACCAUUGAGUCACACCCAUUUUUAUUUACGACAAGGAAAGGUGAUGGAGAGCUGUUGAUGGAACUCAAUAAGUUUAAGAGCCAAAUGGACCUCAAAGGUUGGAAGGUAGCGCCUCUCACUCCAAUACCUGAUGUUAUAUUAAAGUCUCAGAUUGAUUGUGUGGAGUUGCAGCAGGAGUUUGGGAAGCUUCAGUGCAGAAUAAUUCCGUCGAUUGAGUUUUCAGUUUAUGUAUAUGACGAAGACACUGCGACAGACGAAAUUGACAAGUACCUUGACAUUGGAGGAACCACUUCUGACAUAUUCAUCAAAAGACAAAGAGAAUGAAAAUAACUUAAAAUGAACUGCUGUUUUUUUACUGAAUGCUGAUACCACUUUUUUAGUUUAGAAAAUACUUUUUUAGCUCG